GAUAUAGCAGAUUAGAUGAGAAAGGAGUUAAUACUUGAUGGCUCUCACAACUUCAGCUUCUGCAGUCAAAUUUCUCGGACCCACCACCAUCAUUCACUACCCGACGAGUUAACCCACCCGGAUUACCUCCAUUUCCGAUCAUUCAAUUCAACCACAACACCCACAGAUCUAUCUAUCUAUCUUCUAUGUAUUUCUUCACACAUAUGCAUAUCAUCACUUAAAUUUUUUCCACAAGUUACAUACUGAUUCAUUCCAGAUCACUCCAUGGAUGUUUCGUUCUCUUCGGCUUCUUCUUCUUCGUCUUCUUCGCUCUCUCCUCACCCGCGUCAUCUUCUUCCUCCUUUCACCCCCAUACAAGAAUGUGAAACAGAAGGGACAGAAGAAAACGAGUCGUGUGAGCCGACGAGUUUAAAAGUUACACCAAGUGAUUGUUCCGAAACGAAUAAAGAAUUAUACUGUGUGCAUCAACGGACACCCCUCAAAUCGUCGAAAAAGAGACCGGAGUCACACGGUGACUCCGGAAACAAAUCUGACGACCGAGGGGUGUUGCUCAACAAAUGUCGACCGAGUGCUAGAGAAAAGUUCUCGGUCGUUCCACUUGACACCACCACCACCGGACGUCACUCCGGUUCGAGCCCGAACGGGCUAUUCAAAUCACUUUUCUCAUCUUUAAAGAAGAGCCCAAAACCGGGUUCAUCUUCGUCCGAAAGAUUGACUCCGGUUCCUGUUAAGGAGGAGGAGUGGAAGGGUGCGGUAGCUGAGCUUUCGCAUAAGCUCAUUCUCGCUACGAAAAAGCGAGAUGAAGCCGUGCAAGAAGCUGCACGGCUAAAAUGUUCAAUGGUUGAGCUUGAAAAGAAGCUAAACAAACUUGAAUUGUAUUGUCAUAAUCUAAAAUCCGGUCUGGAUGACUGCGCGAAUGCGAAUAAAUCAAGUACGAUGAAUUAUGAACCGAUCAAGAUCGGGGACCAUGAUCGAGUGAUCGAGCAUUUCCUUGUGUCGGUUUCGGAGUCUAGGACGUCGAUGAGGCAUCUCAGCCGUUCGUUAACCGUACAGCUCCCUCAAAUCGACGGUGGGAAGUUAUACGACCGGAUACAGUUACUUCUCCAACCGUAUGAGAUAAAGAUAUCGUCAACAACGAACCCGAGGAUCUUGCUUUUGUACCUCGAAGCGCUCCUCAACCGAGCGUUUUUCGAGGAUUUUGAAGCGCCCGGGUUUAGGAAAUCCGGGUCGAAUCAUACGCUUAACCCGAUCCAUAGGUGUGAGGAGAAUUUUAAAUCGUUUAUGCGGUUAAAGGAGUUAAGUUGGGAGGUGGUUUUAAACAAUGGGACUAAACAGUUUAGUGAGGAGUUUAGUAAGUUUUGCGAUCGGAAGAUGAGUGAGGUGGUGGGUAUGUUGGGGUGGACCCGCGCUUGGCCCGAACAGCUUUUGCAAGCGUUUUUUGGUGCGUCGAAAGCGGUUUGGUUGGUGCACCUUUUGGCUAAUUCGGUUCAUCCGGGACUACCUAUUUUUAGAGUGGAGAAAGGGGUCCGGUUCGAUCCAAUUUACAUGGAGGAUAUGGGUGGGGAUAAAGCGAGGAGGUUCAUGUCGCCUACGGUUCGAGUCAUGGUCGAACCAGGGUUCUACAUCUAUGGAAAUGUGGUCAAGUGCAAAGUCAUAUGCAGGUAUCAUAGCAACAAUGGGUACAUAAGUGUGUCACCUAAUAGUACCCCUUUAUGAUUAAUUUAUUGUGUUUUGGGAUAGUGUUUAUGGUUUGCCUUUCGGACAACUAAAAAGGUUGUGUUUUGGAUAUUAUAGUUAUUAGAUUAUGAUCAAAGUGAAAAGGUUUGAGGUUCUUGUUGGUUUUGUCUUGCACAUAUGUUGUUUGUUGUUGAUGAUUGAAGUCUA